UCGUGCUGCUGAGAACCGACUAUAGUUUAUGAGUACUAUUAUUUAUUGUAGUGUUCUUCUUCUGUCAUCUGAUUUCUGAUUUUUCAAUUGUUAAUAUUUAAUUUUAAUAUUUUUCAAUUGCAAUACAAUAAUAUUUAAAAAGUAUAAAAACCAUAAUUAUGUAAAAUGUAAACAUUUAAAAUCAUUGUCGAGCCUGGUAAUUUGUAAAUUGUUUAUUACAUUAUUUCAGUUUUUUUUUUAAAUCGAGUUGCCUUCUUAGUAAACUGUGCAGUCAACUGUUCAGCUACGGAAAUUAUCAGUGCCUGCUAAUACUAUCCUUGCGAGAACAUUUAAUCAGCCAAAUCAUAAUUUCAAGAGAUUUCAAAGUCAAUCCAAUUCUCUUUCAGGACGUUCCUUAUUUUGUAUACCUAUCUAUCUGCACCGGUUCCGUAAUGUUGGCAUCUGUUAUUCAAUAUGAGCGACUUCGUGAUAGUGUUAAGCAAAUCAAUUUUGUAUUUUACAGAAAUUCUAUCAGGAAAAACGAGAAUCUUAUUUCCAAGUUAAAAAAUAAUUUCAAUAAAUUAGAACCAUCAGAUAUAGUAAUUGGUACUAUACUUCUAUUAAAUGCCUUAGUUUUUCUUGCAUGGCAAGUACCUAAAUGGAAACAUAUCAUGUUCAAAUAUUUUACGAUUGAUGUAUUUGCUAGAAAAAUUCCAGUGUCAUCACUUCUUCUGAGUGCGUUCAGUCACAAAUCUCCACUACACUUCUGUUUCAAUAUGAUUACUCUUUAUGCAUUUUGCCGAGGUGUGAUCCAACCAUGGGGUGAAAUGGGACCGGAAGAAUUCACUGCAAUGUAUAUAAGUGGUUGUGUUGUUUCAUCAUUAGUUAGUUUCAUUUUUGGACGAAGCUUUAAGCAUUAUGGAAAUGGCUUAGGCGCUUCUGGUGCUAUAUUAUCGGUUGUUGGAUACUUUUCAGUAUCGAAUCCUGACGAAAAGUUGGUUAUAAUAUUUUUACCAAAUAUACAAUUUAAUGCAAUUCGUGCCUUAUUUGGUAUAAUAUCGUUAGACAUAAUGGGAUUGUUUACGAAGUAUCACAAGUUAGGCCAUGCAGCUCACUUAGGAGGAACAUUAUUUGGAAUGUUUUGGUACAUGUCAAAAUAUGUAUGGGGAAAUCAAAGAUAAUAUAUUGUAAAUAAUUGGAUAAAAUUAAAACAAAUUAUUCAAGAUUAAUGAAACAGUAAUUUUGUUUUUAUAAAAAAAGUGCCUGGUAAUUUUUUUAUUCAAUUAUGUCGUUUAUAUUAUUGUUUAACUAAUAAGUUAUUGAAUGUCAUACAUUUUGUCAAUACUAAGUUGAAAAUAUAUGAGAUUAAAAGUUAUGUGAUAAUAGAAUAAUAACGUUAAAUAAUAAAUAACAAUU